GGCGGCAGUGGCGGCAGCACCAGCACCAGCACCGACGGACGCGCGAGGGCUUCUCUCCUGCUGUCUGUCGCCGGGUGUUUCUGAGGAGGCGGCGGCGGCAGCAGAGCCUCCACCGCCCCACGCACUCGCGUGUGUGGGGUGUGUGUGCGCGCGCGAGGCGAGCCGAGGAGGGGAGGGGGCGCCGCUGCCGCCGCUGUUACCGCCGCUGCCAGGUCGCCAGUGAAGGGGAGGCAGCGGCGGCGACGGCGAACAUGUUUUCAGUGAGAAUAGUGACUGCCGACUACUACAUGGCCAGCCCGCUGCAGGGGCUGGACAUCUGCCAAUCCCCCCUCACCCAGGUCCCUGUCAAGAAGGUGCCGGUGGUGCGAGUGUUCGGAGCGACCCCGGCAGGUAAGCGGGGCGCGGGGCGGGAGCGGGAGCCGGCGGGGCGCCCGGGCCGCUCUCCCCGCCGCGCACACGCGCGCACGCCGCCGGCGCCGGCCCUCUUCCGUGGGUCACGGUCGCGUCUCCCCUCCUCUCCGCCCUCCUCUCCUUUUUCUCCCGCGCGUGACAAGAGGCGUAGAAACGGGGGUGGGGGUCCGCGCGAGUGCGGCGGCGUGUCCUUCCUCUCCUCCCCCCACCCCUCCCGCGAGUGUGUACAUUGCGCGCGGCGGGGCCGAUCCCGAGCCGCAUGCCGGGUCACAGGCGCGGGGCUUCACGGGUCGCGCGCCAUGUCCCCGGGGGCGGGUUCGCGGGGCCGAUCGCGGCAGGGACCCGGACUGCCCCUGGCGUCUGGAAAUGGCUUUGAGAGCUGAGGGGAAGUGUCAGCUCUGUUGUCACUCGCUCCCCCUUGCCUCCGUGGUCUCACCCUGCUCUCCUCUGCCCCUGCCGGAGAUGCGGCGCCUGGGGCCAGAUCUUCGUUCUCAUUGAAGUGACCAUGUGGCUCUGCCGGGAGUGCGGGUCGUGACGGCUUAGCCUAAUGCCUCCGCGUCUAGGGAGCCGGGCGGUGCUUCCUCGCGGGCAGUGCUUUCAGGAAUCGUGUGUCCGUCCAUGAAGUAGUAGGAAAUGCGUGUUGCCGUCGCCCAGCGUGAAAACAUCCCACUUCGUGGGCUGAAUUUGUUAGCACCCACAACCAAACCCAGCAGCCAUAGGCAGGUUUGAAUGCCCCCAAGGUUGUAGGAUUGCAUUUUAAAUAUAGCUAUUAAAAAUAAAGAGUGUUUUGGAGAAGAAGCGGUGGGGCGGAAACCGCGGAGGUGGAAGCUAUGGUACUGAAAAGCUCUUGGGUUUUUUUUUUUUUUUUUUUUAUAAUACUAUAAUC